CGUAGGAAACAGAAGACGAAACACAACGACAUAAGAACAUUGUCUCUGCAAUUUCAAUUUUGAUUCUCUGAUUCCCUUUUUGCGGGAUCAGAGGAUCAUCGUCAUCAUCAUAAUCUUUUUUUUUUUUUGAAGCCCUAAGAGUAAAGAAAAAAAUGGAAGGGUGGCUUUAUCUCGUUCGUUCUAAUCGGUUUACUCAACAUUACUCACGUAAAAGAUACUUCAUUCUCAAAGAAAAUGUUCUCAGAAAUUUCAAGACCAAACCCACUUCACAAAUGGAGGAGCCAAUGAGAAGUGCAAUGAUAGACUCGACUAUUCGUGUUACUGACAAUGGAAGGGAGAGUAUUAACAAAAAAGUAUUAUUUAUUUUCACUGUAUGUAAUACUUCAAAUCAAAGGGAUAAGCUUAAGUUGGGAGCACGUAGUUCAGAAGAAGCUGCAAAAUGGAUACGUUCUUUUCAGGAAGCUGCAGUGAAGGAGUAUCCAAAUCCAGCUAAGAAUUAUGUGGCUUGUUCCAAGAAAAGGCGUUCAAGUUUAAGAUAUGGAGGGUCAAAAAGUACAGAUUGGAAAUACUCUAAUUUGAGUUUUGAAUCAUGUGUAUACUCUGAAGCUAUGACCUCUGAUGUUAUUGCACCUUCCCAAUGGAAGAUUUUUGGCUGUCAAAAUGGACUAAGGAUGUUCAAAGAAGCCAAAUCUUCGGAUUCACGUGGAAGGCAUUGGGGUGAGCAAUCGGCAAUAAUGGCGGUUGGUGUUAUUGAUGGAACUUCAGAGGCUAUUUUCCAUACUCUUAUGUCUCUUGAUCCCUCAAGAUCGGAAUGGGACUUUUGUAUACAUCGAGGCAUCGUGGUUGAUCACAUAGAUGGUCAUACUGAUAUCAUUCACCUCCAGUUGUACAAUGAUUGGCUGCCAUGGGGUAUGAAACCAAGAGAUUUACUGUUACAAAGAUACUGGAGAAGAGAGGAUGAUGGCACAUACGUGUUAUUAUAUCAUUCUGUGUAUCAUUCCAAGUGCCCACCCAAGAAAGGCUACGUCCGAGCUUGCCUUAAAAGUGGAGGAUUUGUGGUGACUCCUGUUAACAAAGGAACUCAGUCAGUUGUGAGACAUAUGCUUACUAUUGACUGGAAGUUAUGGAAACUAUAUUUGGGAGCUUCAUCUACUAGAUCCAUAACCAUUCGUAUGCUCGAGCGAAUUGCAGCACUAAGAGAGUUGUAUAGAACAAAAGUAGGAAACUACUCAGAACCUAUUACAAUGACAAAGGAUAUUGUAUUGCCUGUUACUGUUACUGUAAAGAAGGAUGUUAAGAUUGAAGUUGCAAAUGAGAAUAAGAGCAAAAUUGAGGAACUUGUUGAGGUGAAAGAUCAAGUGGACGACAAAGAAAUUCCCGGUCGCAUCAGUUUAAUGGGAUUAACUGAUUCUGAUGAGUUCUUUGAUGUUCCUGAAUCAACAGAAUAUGAUCACUAUGAUAAUCAAUGGCACUCUGACUUUCCUUCAGAACCCAAACCAUCACCAGCUGGUUCUUUUGUGAAAAAGUUACAAGAACUUGCCGUUCAUAAAAAGGGUUACAUGGACUUGCAAGAGGUAGCUAAGGAGGAAAGUGCAUCAUGCUCUUAUGGAAACACUCUUCAAAAAGAUCCAAAUUGUACUUUACCUUGCAGCUGGGCUCCUUCUGAUCCAUCUUUAUUUUUGGUUCGAGGAGAAACUUAUUUACAAGAUCAUCAAAAGGUCAAAGCAAACGACACCUUGAUGCAAUUAGUAGGUGCAGAUUGGCUCCGAUGUAACACACGAGAAGAUGAUUUGAGUAGUCGUCCCAGUUCCAUAGUUCAGAAAUAUGCAGCAAAAGGUGGUCCAGAAUUCUUUUUUGUUAUCCACAUACAAAUGCCAGGAAGUCCCAUGUAUAGCAUUGCACUCUAUUACAUGAUGAAAACUCCUUUAGAAGACAAUCCAUUAUUGCACAGCUUUGUUGAAGGAGAUGAUACUUAUAGAAACUCAAGAUUUAAGCUGAUACCAUAUAUUUCCAAGGGAUCAUGGAUAGUCAAGCAAAGUGUUGGAAAGAAAGCAUGUUUGGUUGGCCAAGCACUAGAAAUACGUUACAUUCGUGGCAAGAACUAUCUAGAGCUUGACAUCGAUGUUGGAUCUUCGACGGUUGCAAGAGGAGUGGCAAGCCUAGUUCUUGGAUAUCUGAACAAUUUGGUGGUAGAAAUGGCAUUUUUGAUACAGGGUAACACACAAGAUGAGCUCCCUGAAGUCCUCAUCGGAACGUGUCGACUAAAUCAUAUGGAUGCAUCCAAAGCAAUUGGAGUGAAUCCUUAAUUUCUAACUUGAAAUUUAUUCAUGUCUUUGAAGCUGAAAUUGUCUCCUAUAGUAUUAACACACAAGCAAAAGAAGAAAAAACAAAUUUAAGGAUGAGAAGUGGUACAUGUUAUAGAACUAACCAAAUAAUUCAGCUCCACCUAUGUAUAUUUGGUUUAUUAGAUAUAUUUUUUUCACA